GAGGUCAUCGCCGAUAUCACGCCUGCAGAGUACGCGGUGGUGGUAGCAUUUACGUCGGAAGAGCGAGAUUUUGAAGUCAGAGCAAAAUUCGUCUACUUCGCGGAUACUCAAGAUAUAUACAUCAUGCCCCCCCUUCCCGUCCAUGAACAACCAGCUGCGCACCUUGCGAAGGCCGUGAACAAGUUCACGGAAGCCAUCCCUUACGACAAGCUCCUGAUCGACACCACUGUACACCUCAAUCACCGCAUCCAAAACAAGGAUUCGACGAAUAUACCAGAUCUACACCUUACCGUCACAGCACAACCCCCGGAGGAUAUAGAGUCAGAUGAGAUGGUGGUAGCGAAGCCGGUGUCCAAAUGGGUUGGAGAAUGCGGGCUUUCCUCAGAUACCAACUGCAUGGUGCGGAAGCUAAGCAACACAUGCGACGCCCAUCAAGACAUUGAUUACGCUUUCAUCAUAUCCUUCAAAGAGCGAAUUAAAUGGCAACAACCGAACGAAGGGGAUACCACUAUUCAACAACUUCGCUCAGCUCCCGCGUUAGAUUACGAAGACUUCAUCCCAUCCCGCAUCAAGAAGAGCUUGAGGUUUGGACCGGUGGAGAUCAAGUCUCACACCUGGAUUGAUAUCAGCGAGGUCCACUAUAGCAUAUACAAACGUGGCACGGACGGUCACUUUGAUUUCAACAACAAGGAUGCUUCUACCUUCGCAGAGGGGACCCUUUACCCCGUGUUGCAGAUGGGUGAUGUUGAACGCAUGUUGGAUAACGCCGCAGAUAGCUUGAAGGAUUACAUUGUAUCAUUGAUGGAGGGUAUGGGUCUUGAGGAGAGUGCAGUUCAGAGUGCGCGUGAUUCCCAUCCCGUAUUCGAGCCCGUUUGGGGGGCAGCCCUCAACUCUAUCUCCUCCGCGAUCAACCUUACAGCAUAUUGCCGCUACUUGGACUGGCGCCACCACAAAUACGACAAACGCAAG